AUGGUCUCGUUCAAGUCUCUUCUUCUUGCCGCUUCGGCCUUUACCGCAGUACUUGGCCGUCCUUUUGACAGCUUCGACGGGCCUGACGUCAACAUCACAGAUGCUGACGAGCUUCUUGUAAGACGUCAGGUGACUGCCAACUCGGAGGGCACCCACAAUGGUUACUUCUACUCCUGGUGGAGUGAUGGCGGCGGCCAAGUGACGUACACUAUGGGUGCGGGAAGCCGAUACUCCGUGACGUGGAAGGACACGGGCAACUUUGUCGGCGGCAAGGGUUGGAACCCCGGCACUGGCCGCACCAUCAACUACGGAGGUUCGUUCAGCCCGCAAGGCAACGGCUACCUCGCCGUCUACGGCUGGACCCGCAACCCCCUGAUCGAGUACUACGUCGUCGAGUCCUACGGCACGUACAACCCCGGCAGCGGCGGCCAGCUCAAGGGCACCGUCACGACCGACGGCGGCACCUACAACGUCUACGUCUCGACGCGCACGAACCAGCCCUCCAUCGACGGCACGCGGACCUUCCAGCAGUACUGGUCCGUCCGCACCUCCAAGCGCGUCGGCGGCGCCGUCACCAUGCAGAACCACUUCAACGCGUGGGCGCAGUUCGGCAUGAACCUCGGCGCGCACUACUACCAGAUUGUCGCGACGGAGGGAAACGGCGAUUUUGUGGGAACCGAAAUCUGGGGGUUGGCAAGAGGGUGUAGACGUUGA